CCCUUAGGACAUGUACAGGUAAAAUCUCAGGCAACUCUAGUCCUUAUCGGUGAGUAUCUUUGCCACAGAAGCAGAGCUCCUUCACUAAGUGGAGGUAAGGACCCUUACACAGGCUGAAUACAGAAGUAGCACUAGGACCCAGGCACAGCUGUUUUCCCGAGAGGCUCACAGGUACAAAAAAAGUCUGCGCAGCUGCCUUGGUCUGUGCUUUUAGAAAUCCGCCUUUUUAAAUACUGAGUAAAAACACUUCUACGGCUUUUUACUGGAUGUUCUCUCUUCGGAUAGCAUAACUGAACUGGACACGUUGUCUGCGGGACACCUAAUAUUAUUUUAAACGUACACAUAAGUACCAUGAUCCCUCUUUUGGAAUUACCUUCUGAUACCAAGAAGGUAAGCAUCCCAUUAAUCCAUUUCACACCCCGCAAUUUCACAGCUGCGGGGAGCCAGUGGCUCUACAGUGUCCUGUCAUAUCACUUCAGUCGAGACCCUGGGGUCCAGAAUGACAUGGUGGUGUCUGUUACUGGAAUUGACCAGUACCUCCAUGAGAUUUUCCAUCACUUAACAUUUGGUGGGGAGCUCCUGCCGUGGAAUGACUUUAUAUUGUUCUGCUCAACUUUAAGACUACUGGAGGAAGAAACCGAGGUCCUGCACCUUUUAACUGCUGCACCGUCUGCGCUUACAUUUCAGGAGUUCAAUUCUCGGCUUUACGGUUACUUUCGCUUACAGUCUGCAGGCAGGGUUCAAACACUACCUGCCAGCCAAGUUGUGGAAAGGGAAAUCCACCUGCGUUGGUCCCCUGUACGGAGGAAAAAGUAUGUAUCUUUCAAUCUGUCUCCGAAUGGAAAGAAAGGCAGUACCUUUUCAAAAAUGAACCAUCGGGGUUUCGGCUCAAUACUCAAACAACGCAACCUGCAUGACUGCAAGGGAGAAGUUACUUCAUGUCAAGGGGAAACUGAAGCUGAGGACACACUUUCCAGGAGACAGUUGGACAAUGCCAGGCUGCAAGACUUAGUUGAGGAGCUUCGUUCAGCAUUGCAGAGUAGUGAUGCUCGGUGCUUAGCCCUGGAAGUGGCCUUGCUGAAGGUGCAUCCUACUGACCAUCCCUAUGACUGCAGCAGCAGCCUCAAAGUUGAUAUGCGAGAAAUUCAAGAUGGUAACUGCAGCAACCCAGAAAGCACAGCAUCAAAGACUGCUCGGCAGGAAUUUCAGGACCUAACUUGUUCUAUUGACAAACAGGCAGAGGAAGCCAAGAACAUUACACAGCACAAUGACAGCAAUUUACACGACUCUAAUGAAGAGGUGGUGAGGUUAACAAAGAAGGUACUGCUCUUAACAAAGGAAAACUACAAGAUUAAGAAAAAGAUGCAGGAAGUGAGAAAUGCCUUGACUUGUGGCCUAGAGAAAGUGAGGAUGCUACAAAGCCAAGCUGAUCAGCUUCCUGAGUUAGAGAAGAAAGUAUCUGAGCUUCAAGAGGAGCUACGACACAGCAGGCCUCGCUGUUGUCCAGGGUGGCAGGUAAAUUAUCAAACCUGUAAUCAUAGCAAUUGGUUGAGCAGCUCCAAUACUGCAACAUCUGUGCUUCAAAGUCAGAUGAAUUCUGUGGAGAAAGAGCUACAGCUGAAGAAGGAAGAAGCAAAAAUAAUGAAAAAUAAGCUGCAAACAGUAGAAAAGGAACAACUUCAUCUAUCCCUGAUUGAGCAGAGGCUGAUGGAAGUUUUAAAGCUUCUCCAGCAACUUAGACCCCCGAAUAUUUCACGACGAUACCUGGGUAAAAUCAUUAUGGAUUCUUUGGAGUCAUGUAGCAUAACAGAUCAGGGGUCAUCUCAGGUUCUUGAAGUCCUGGGGUGCCUUCACGAGCAGCUUCUCUCCUACGACUUACAAUCUGCUUCAGAACAAAUUCCUGCCUGUAUCAACAACUCGCUGAUUAUUUCUUGUUAACCUCAAAAACAUUUGAAAUAUGUUUACCACAGAGACAUUAUUACAUUACACAUCUGUACUUCCCGAGUUCUUGAAUCAUGUCCUGCUUCCACUGCUUGAAAUAACUGCCAAAUGUCACUCAAGUUCCCUAAUUUGCUGACAGUCCCCAAAGAAGCACUGGCUGCAUAUCAACAUGUGACAUCGAGUGAAUUUAUAACCUGGUUCUUUCUGUUCCAUGACCACAUUUUCAUAGAAUUAAAACUGAUGCACACCAAUAGGGAAAGUCAUGUCAAGAAUAUGGGUUUACUUAUCCAAGCAAGGAAUGCAGCCUAUUCAGAAGAGAGUGAGAGAAUGAAUGGGAACCUCCCUUCAUCCCACUAAAAUUAUUAAUUUAUAGUUCAUUGGAGUUAUGGGUGACUUAAAAAAAGGCUUCUACAAGUUGUCUGCUUGUUCUGUACAUUUCAAGUAAAUGGGUUUGGUAAAUGGAUUUGUUCAGCCAGUCCUUGAUUGAUUGCCAUGUAUUAUGAUGUAUAACAUGGAUAACCCGCUAAUGUCUUGCUUUGGAGAUCAUAUUCCUUAGUUUAAUGUAACAUAAAUAUUAAUGAUGAGUUCAUAUAUUCUGUUUUAUGUAUUUUAAGUAUAAAAUGAUAAAGCAUAUUUUAUGUAUAGAAUGUCACGCACAUAUAUCGAGAGAAAAUUUGAAUAUAAUACAACAAAGAGGUUUUAUAGAAAGAAGAUAUGAGGCAGACAGGAAGAAAAUUAUUUGUGUAUCAUGCCAUAAAAAAAAAACUGAUAACAUAAUAGAUGUAGCCAAUGUGAUAUGGUUGUAAUUAGAACAUAAGUGAAUGAGUGAAUACAGGCAGCCAACCUUGGUCUGAAUUAUAUUAUGCUAGUUUUCAGAAAAGAGCUGCCUGAAUAACUGUGGGAGUCCUGGUUUGAAAAGGUUUAGCAGUAUUUACAUGAUUACUUUUGCAAGCACCCUGCAUAUUGAGAGUAUUUCUGAUAAAAAGUACAAGAAAUGGAUUUAUAACUGUUGCAAUAAACAUAAGGUGAGACAAUUCA